CAUACACAGUCUCUCUCUCUCUCUCUCUCUCUCUCUCUCUCUCUGCGGAACAAGAAGGUGCAAAUUUGCUUUGCACUGAUCGACCUUCGCCUCUCGCGCUCGCUCCCUCUCUCAAUGACAAUGGCGGACGAGGAGGUCGUGGCGAUCUCGCCGCCUUCGGAUCGCAAGCGGAAGCUCGACGACGUCGUGGAGGCCGACCAAACCCUAGAACCCGCCGACGAGCCCGAUGCCGCAGACGACUGCGCGCCCACGGCGGCGGCGGCGGCAGCGGCGGCGGCGGAUUCCGAUUCUGCAGAUGUGAAGCGUCCCCGCCUCGACGGCGACCCCGAGGUUUCAGCUAAUGGAAAUGGAUACCAGCAUGAGAAGGGAGACGAGCCUGUGCAGGAAAAUGGUAUAGCAACAACUUUGGAUAGUAGUGAGGUUGAGGAGGCUGAGGCUCAACGCCAGUCAAAGGAGAGUGAAGUAAUUGCAGAUGACGAAAAAACUAAGUCCGUGGACAAUUAUGGUGCGGGAGAUCUUGACAAGGAAUCUCAGGACAAUGCCCACGGAACUUCCGAGGUAGAAGUUGUGACGACGAUGGACAUUAAUGAACAGGAUGUCUAUGCCCAACAGCAGCAAGCACCUGAUGAUGGUCAUACUUUGACACACAAAAUUGAGGUUCCCAACAGUAAGGUUGGUGUUCUUAUUGGUAAGAAUGGAGAUACCAUACGGUAUCUGCAGUACAAUUCAGGGGUGAAAAUUCAGAUCGUGAGGGAUGCUGAAGCUGAUAUGUCAUCUGUAACAAGACCUGUGGAACUAACAGGAACAAAGGAGAACAUUAGCAAGGCUGAGAAGCUUAUUAGGGAUGUCAUAGCAGAGGCUGAUGCUGGUGGUUCCCCUUCCCUUGUAGCCAAAGGCAUUGCAACUGCACAGGUUCCGGGGUCUGCAGAACAAAUUGAACUAAAAGUGCCAAAUGAGAAGGUCGGUAUAAUAAUCGGCAGAGGUGGAGAUACAAUCAAAAGUCUGCAGACAAGAUCAGGGGCCCGCAUACAGUUGAUACCUCAACAUCUUCCUGAGGGAGAUGAUUCCAAGGAAAGAAUUGUCCGAAUCACUGGUGCUAAGAGGCAAAUUGAUGUUGCCACACAGAUGAUAAAAGAAGUUAUGAAACAGACUCCUAGACCUUCACUUCUGUCUGGUCAGCAGGCUCAUCGAUCGCGUGGGCCAGGUGGUCCACAGUGGGGUCCACGUGCUCCAUAUUCUUCCCAGCCAGUGCAAUAUGAUUACCAACAAAGAGGACGGUAUCAAUCUCAGAAUUCACAAUAUCCUCCUACGCCCUACGGUGGUUAUCCCUCUCCAAGGAGUGGCUUUGGCCAUGGUUGGGAGCAAAGGCCACCUCCUCGUGGUGGGAGCUAUGACUUCUUUGGUGGACAUGGAGGACAUCCAGCAAGUAUGCCUCACUCAGGAUCCAUUUCUGGACAUUUUGCUGGCCAAUCUGGCCCACCGCAGUCAUUAGCAGGUUACAAUUACGGGCAGCCAAGAGGUCAAAAUUAUGGGCAUCCGGGUCCUUACUCUCAGGCAGGGAACCCUCAGCAGAAUUAUGGGCAUGGAUAUGAUGAAACCAAGUACGAUAAUGCUCCAGUACACCCCUCAUAUGGAGGUCAAAACUCGGGGCCGGUUUACUCUCAAACUGCUGCUGCUUCCCAACCUGGUUAUGCACAACAAUAUGGGUCCAGUCAGCCAAUCCAACAGUAUGGCUCGAGCGUGCCAUCCCAGCAGGCAUACCAAUAUCCAGCAGGUGCGGCCGUGCAGCAGACAUAUCCCACAUAUGCGUCCGCUCCUACCACAGAUGGAAGUCAGCCUGGUGCUGUCUAUGCACAGCAAGUACAAGCCGCUCCUGCCUAUGGUCAACCUGCUACUGCUGGGGUGUAUGGAUCAUACACUGACCAGCUGGCUGCAGCCAAUCCUGGAUAUGGAUAUCAAGCACCACAAGAUGCUGGUUAUGGUGGGGGUGCGGGUGCUGCGUAUGCUGCCGCUCCUAACAGUCAGACUCAGACGGGCUACGUUCAACAGCCAACCGCACAACUGGGCUAUGACCAAUCAGUCGCACAGUCGGGUGGUUAUGGCAGUGUUCCUGUGAGUGCUCAAGCCAGUUAUCCUCAGUAUGAUUCUACUCAGGUCUAUGGUGCUCGCUGAGUAAUGUUUUCUUCUUUUGUCUUCUGAUUAUGUGAUGUCUAGCGUAUGAUUCUACUCAGGUCUAUGGUGCUCGCUGAGUAAUGUUUUCUUCUUUUGUCUUCUGACAAAUGUAUGUGAUGUCUAGCGUAUGAUUCUACUCAGGUCUACGGUGCUCGCUGAGUACUGUUUUCUUCUUUUGUCUUCUGACAAUUGCAUGUGAUGCCUAGCGUUUUAGUUAUAGGGAAAGUUAAAUCGGUCAUUUCUUCUUUCUGAACGGAUCAACUUGAUCGAGCUUUAGUUUAAGAUGCUUUGCGUGGCUAUGUUGUCUCGAUUUAGGCGUAGCGCUCUCUUUUGCUUUUGGAAAUCUUUCCCUUCUCUGCACUGGUUAUGAGGUGACACAACUGUAUGAUCACAUGGAAAUUUGCUUAGCUUUAAUUUUGUAGCUAUCAAGCAUUGCGUGGUUCAA